AGCAUACACUGAAAGAACAGAGCUUUAACCUAAUUACAGAAAAAACACAAAACAUCCAUUGAAACAAAGCUCCUGGGGACGUAGAUGCUUCUGGGUGCAAACCCUGCAAACUCCCUCCAACAAUAGACAAAACUCAGUACAGCCGGCUUUUUCCUUCUCUCACCCUGUUCCUUCCUCACCAUGUACGGACGCCCUUCUAGCUCCUCCGGCGGCGCAUGGGGUCAGCCGCCGCAGCAACCUCAAGGCACUAAUUUCUAUCUCCAAAACCCCAUCAAUUCGUCGUAUAUUUAUCCUUCAAACACCCCCUUUAUACCCCACAAUGCCCACAACUCCUACCAAAAUUUCCCUCCUAAUAAUUUCCCAAUCCAAACCCCUAAGUUCCCUGGCCAAAACCCUGGAUUUAAUCCUCCUCCACAGCAGUUUUCAAACCCGGAAGGGUUUCGGCCUCCGAACUCGAGAGACAUGCUCGAGAGAAUCGACCGCGCCGUGGGGAAGGCUCGCGAUGAACAUGCCGCUGUUGGAGAGAACGUCUCGGCUUGGAAGGUCUCGCAGUCUGCGCUUCUGAUGCUCAAGGUUGAUUGCUGGAGCUCGCUGGGGUUUCAAAUGCAGCAAGUGCCGACUUUGCACCGCCUCAUGCUCACUGAAGGGAAGAUAAAUGCAUUUAUCCAUUGUUUUGUUGGGGCUCGAAGAAUUACUUCAUUGUAUGAUUUGGAAGUAGCAAUCUGCAAGAAUGAGGGAAUUGAGCAGUUUGAAGAGCUGGGAUUGGGCCCUUUGUUGCGACAUCCACUUGUUAUGCAUUAUUUCUCAGUGAAGUCUGAUACAACUGAAGUAUUUAAGAUAACAAGUGGGGAGAUGAUAUCUCUACUUUCUGAGUUCAUGGAUACUUGUGAAAAUAAAGAUAUUAGGGUUGAAGAAUAUUUAGAUUUCAUUGUUAAGAAGCGAUCAGUUGCAAGCAAGGAAGCACUUGGAAUACGAAUUCACAGCCUGGGGAUGCAUAUUUCAGCCAUCCGGAAAGCCAGGAAUCUAGAAAUUUCCAUUCUAAAGAAAUCGGAGAAUGCAUUUCAGCCAAAUUCAGAUAAAAAGGAUAGGAAGUUUCCACUUUUAUCUGCAGAGAAAAAGGCGUUAGACAAACGUUUCAGCACUAUUUCUCAGCGCGUUGAAUCGUUUUCCCCCAUACAUAAGGAUUUUUGUGGCAAGCACAUUAGAUUUGAUCCUUCAAGCUCAGAGGAUGAAGGUAGGGAUGAUUAUUUAUCUGAAGAGAAUGAUGAAAAUAAUGACCAUUUAACAGGCAGUCAGGUUAACUUCUCAUCACAGUCUGUUAAAAGUUCUGACCGAGUGAGUAGUUGUCCUUACCCGUCCGUAAUAGAAGAGAGGAGAAGGCUUGGGUUGAGCCAGCUUUCUCCAGCUAGUGGCAGCCAAAAGCACAAUGAUAGUAGCGGGUCAGUUAAAAAGAAAAGAAAAUCUGAAAACUUAAACAGUGCAAUCUCCAUGCCCCACAAACUGCGUAAGAGAGAUAAGGUACAAGAUGCCCUUCCAAUGGAAAAUGGCAGGGAAACCAAUGAGGUUAGCAAUUUGCAUGAAAAUAAUCUUUCAAUUGACAAUAAUGAUUUGAGGAUGUUCAUUACAACCUGGAAGGAGGCAUGUCUGGAGUACACUGUGGAUGAGGUACUUGAUAGGAUGCUGCAGUUUAAUAAUACUAAAGCUCAGAAGAGAAAGAAAAUCAAGUCAAUGUUUUCUUUGUAUCCAUUAAUUGGAUUACUAAAUGUUGCUGUCUCAUCUAUCAAAUGUGGAAUGUGGGAUAGCAUGUAUGACACAUUCCAAACCAUUGGUCAAAAUGAAUUAACUGACAGUAUUACUGAUAACUGUCCCGAAUAUGUGAACAUAGAUGUUGAACCAAGUACUAAAGAUGAGCCAAGAAUUAAGGAUCCACCAGUCAUCAAUGAACAUAUUGUUGAGCACAUUCAGAGUGUUUCUGUUGAGGACAUAAUCAGGAAAGUUAUCGUGUAUUUUGAGAGUGAUCAAGGAAAACAUAACAAUGGUCAAUCACUUCCAGAGAAGAUGUUUAUCUUCUUGAGGAAGCUAUGCAAUUGCGAGGUUUGGUUGGUGAAAGAAUUUUGUGUAAAGGAAUUUAAAUCCCUCGGUUAUGGGGAGUUUUUGAUGUUCUUAGAAAAAUAUGCUGGUCUACUGCCACAUGAGCUGUGCAAGUUCCUGACUGGUGACUUGAGUGGAAAGUGUCCUUUUGAGGUUUGCAUGCUCCAGCACCAUUUGGUUGUUUUAGUAUCUCAAGCUUUAAAUAGUUUAUGGGAAGAUGAAAAAGUUACCAAACAAAAUAUAUUGUUGCUGCUUAGGAAGCAGUUCCCUUUGGUUUGUUUCAAAACUAUCGAAAAUGGUUCAGUGGAAGAUUUCUUAAGCAUAGUGGGAAAACAUAAAAAUGCUGCGAGUUCGAAAUGUGUUCUAUUUUCAAUGGCACUGUGUGGAACGAGUUAUGCUAUGGAGUCAUCAUUACACAUUGAGAAUGUCCUAUGGAAAAGAACUUCGGUCAAUACUGACAGUGGCCAGAAAGCAAAGUCCCAUGAAUCUGUUACAUCCAAGGAUGCAAUUGAAGUUUUACUUACAGUACCAGUGAUGUCAGAUUUAAAUUUAUGGUCGCAUUGGGACCUAUUGUUUGCUCCCUCUCUUGGCCCUCUUGUACCAUGGCUAUUGAAUGAAGUCAACACAGAUGAACUGUUGUGUUUGGUGACAAAAGGUGGAAAAGUGAUUCGGUUAGAUCAUUCAGCUACCGUGGAUUCAUUCUUGGAAUCUGCACUUCAAGGAUCCUCUUUUCAAACAGCAGUGAAAAUGUUAUCUCUGUUUUCACUAGUUGGGGGAGAAAAACAUGUCCCUGUGUCGCUUUUGAAAAUUCAUAUAAAACAUGCAUUUGAAGUAAUUCAGAAGAAUUAUCUAGACGAUAUAGAACUACAAGACAAUAAGAAUUCCAUUGAUUAUGGAAAAGCACUAUCUGGACAAAAAAUGGUGGGUGAAGUUGCUACUGGUAAAUUCUGUAGUAAAUUACACAAGGACUUGAGCAAGAUGAAUAUUGCAACAACUGUUAUAUCAAGAUUUUUCCUUGAAUGUCUUGGGUAUCUACCUGCAGAAUUUCGUUAUUUUGCUGCUGAUGUAUUGCUUUCUGGGAUGCAGUCUGUUGUUAAACAUGCUGCUUCAGCUGUUCUGAAUGAAUGCAGCCAGUCAGAGCAGCGUCUGAUGCUUCAUGAAGUUGGGUUGUCUCUUGGUGUAGUGGAGUGGAUUAAUGAUUACUAUGCAUUUUGUUCCAGUGAUGCUACUGGCUUGUUCAUAUCAGGGGCUUCAUGUUUUAAUGCUAUUAGGUAUGAAACAGGGUCUGGCUCAAAGAAUAUGCAAGAUGUGUCAGAUAAGUUUUCCGUUAGGGCAGAUGAGCAGAAAGGCGGAUGUACUGAUAUUUGUUUGAAGAUUGGUGGGGCAGAAGCCUCUGAUGCUAGUAUUGGCAGUGGUUACACGCAACAUCCUACUGAGCUUAAUGAACAUGAAGAUGCAGCCCAGGUAAUUGAGUCAAUCAGGAGAGAUGAAUUUGGUCUUGAUUCGGGCCUAUCAAGUGUUGAAAGUAUCAUGUUAAAGAAGCAGCAUGCUCGCUUAGGGAGAGCUCUUCAUUGUCUUUCACAGGAAUUGUAUUCACAGGAUUCACAUUUUCUUCUUGAGCUGGUUCAAAAUGCUGAUGAUAAUACCUACCCAACAAAUGUAGAACCUACUCUAACAUUCAUUCUUCAAGAGUCAGGUAUUAUUGUUUUAAAUAAUGAGCGAGGCUUCUCUUCCCGGAACAUUAGAGCACUUUGUGAUGUUGGAAGUUCAACCAAGAAAGGAUCUAAUGCUGGAUAUAUAGGGCAGAAGGGCAUUGGUUUCAAAUCAGUUUUUCGGGUCACAGAUGCUCCAGAAAUUCAUUCCAAUGGGUUUCACAUCAAGUUUGAUAUAAGUGAGGGUCAGAUUGGUUUUGUUUUGCCAACAGUUGUACCUCCCUGCGAUGUUGACUUGUUUAGUAGGCUUACUUCUAGUGACCAUGAUCAAUCAGAUAAUAACUGCUGGAACACUUGCGUUGUUCUUCCUUUCAGAUCAAAAAUAUCAGAUGGAACUGUCAUGAAAAGCAUUAUAAAUAUGUUUUCAGAUCUUCAUCCAUCUUUAUUACUCUUUCUGCACCGCCUCCAGUGUAUCAAGUUUAGAAACUUGCUUGAUGAUUCACUUACUGUCAUGAGAAAAGAAAUUUUGGGAGAUGGUAUUGUUAAAGUUUCACAUGGGAAAGAGAAAAUGACAUGGUUUGUAGUAUCUCAGAACUUGCAAGCAGAUUUUAUUCGCAGUGAUGUACAAACAACAGAAAUUUCAAUAGCAUUUACAUUGAAGGAAUCAGACAACGGUGAUUAUGAUCCAGAUCUUGUCCAGCAGCCUGUUUUUGCAUUUCUUCCUCUUAGAACAUAUGGACUGAAAUUUAUUCUUCAGGGUGAUUUUGUCCUUCCUUCAUCUAGAGAGGAAGUGGAUGGAGAUAGUCCCUGGAACCAGUGGCUGUUGUCAGAAUUUCCUGGUUUAUUUGUCAAUGCAGAGAGAUCUUUUUGUGCUCUUCCGUGCUUUAAAGAGAAUCCCGGGAGAGCUGUGACAGCUUAUAUGUCCUUUGUUCCCCUUGUAGGUGAAGUGCAUGGUUUCUUUUCUUCUCUUCCACGGUUGAUUGUUUCUAGAUUACGUAUGACAAAUUGCUUACUUCUGGAAGGAGGAAAUAAUGAAUGGGUUCCUCCUUGCAAGGUCCUAAGAGGUUGGAAUGAACAUGCUCAUUCGCUUCUUCCUGACAGUUUACUACGAGAGCAUCUUGAUCUUGGAUUCUUGGAUAGAAAUAUAGUUCUGCCAGAUCCACUUUCAAAUUCAUUAGGUAUUGUGGAGUAUGGACCCAAAGUUCUGCUUCAAGUUAUGGUAUCUUUAUGUCAUACACAAAAUGGUCUCAAAUCAAUGGGGUUGGGUUGGCUGGCCUCUUGGCUAAGUGAACUUUAUGCCAUGUCAUUCAAUUCUUCUGUGGAAUCUUCUUUUGAUCCGAGAAUACAAAUGGAGCUUAUAGAAAACCUUCGAAAAAUUCCUUUCAUUCCUCUUUCAGAUGGUACAUAUGGUGCAGUAGACGAAGGCCCAAUUUGGUUACAUUUUGAUGCCUUAAGCAAUGGCCUUGCCCUCAUUUCUAUAGUGUCUGCAGAUAUGUCAUCCAUGGAUGUGACAGUUGACAAACUCACAUGUAUGCUCUGUAGAAUUGGUGUCCAGAGGUUGUCUGCACACGAAAUUGUCAAGGUACACAUCUUGCCAGCUAUAACUGAUGACAGAAUUACAGAUUGGGAUAAGAAUUUGGUGAUUGAAUAUCUCUGCUUUGUAAUGUUCCAUAUACAGUCGAGCUGCUCUGAUUGCAAUGUUGAAAGGGAAUACAUAAUCUCAGAAAUACGAGAUAAAGCUUACAUAUCAACAAAUUAUGGCUUUAAGCGGCCUUCUGAGGUAUCAAUUCAUUUCAGUAAAGAAUUUGGAAAUCCUGUGGACAUAAAGAAGUUGAUUAAUAUGGUGGAUAUAAAGUGGCAUGAGGUUGACAUCUCCUAUUUGGGACAUCCAGUCACAAAACCACUCCCAUGUGAACUGAAGAAGUGGAGGGAAUUUUUCCAGCAAAUUGGGAUAAUGGAUUUUGUCAAAGUAGUGCAAGUUGAGAAGGGAAUUGCUGAUAUUUCUGAUGUACUAGUUAAGAAUGUGAUUUGGGAUAAGGACUUAAUUUCCCUUCAAUCAAAUGUCACAGAUUGGGAGUCCCCUGAAUUGGUCAACUUAUUAUCUCUAUUGGCCAGAGAUGGAAACAAAAAAGGUUGUGAAUAUCUCUUAGAGAUUCUUGAUACUUUAUGGGAUGAUUGCUAUGGUGAAAAAACUACAUGUUAUUGUGCUUCUAAAUCUGAAGCAGACAGAAGGCCCUUCAAAUCUUCAUUUAUAAGUAGCAUCUGUGAUGUGGAAUGGGUGGUAUCAACGAUGGAUGAUGUACUGCACUAUCCUAAAGAUUUAUAUCACGAUUGUGAUGCAGUGCGCUUGAUUCUGGGGGCAUCUGCUCCAUUUGCUAUCCCAAAGGUUAGAAGUGAGAAGUUUGUACUUGAUAUUGGGUUUAAGACAACAGUUUCCCUUGACGAUGUUCUGGAGGUCUUGAAGCUAUGGAGACGUGAGAACCCAUUCAGUGCCAGCCUAGCACAAAUGUUCAAAUUUUACACAUUAAUCUGGAAUGAAAUGGCUGCUUCAAAGGAGAAAAUUGCAGAGGCUUUCCAUUCAGGACCUUCUAUAUUCGUUCCACACGCAUCUAGCUUCAGGCACGAGGAUGUGGUAUCUGGUACAUUGUUGUCCCCUGAAGAAGUGUACUGGCAUGACUCCACUUCCUUUGUAGACCAAAUCAGGGAGAUUCAUCGUCAGUGCAGCUCAACAGGUGUUACUCAUGGCCCCUUGAAUAAGACGCUUUGCAAUUUCUACCCAGGCCUUCAUGACUUCUUUGUUGACGGCUGUGGAGUACAUGAAACCCCUCCUCUCCGGAGCUACCUUCAGAUAUUGCUGCAUUUAUCAAAUGUUGCUUUGCCUUCACAAGCAGCUAAUGCAGUUUUUCAAGUUUUCCUGAAGUGGACUGAUGGACUAAAAUCAGGAUUGAGUGCUGAAGAUGUUGUUUACUUGAAAGAUUCACUUACAAAGAUUGAGUGUACGGUGCUUCCUACUGUACAGGAUAAGUGGGUUUCUGUACAUCCUUCCUUUGGUCUUGUGUGCUGGUGUGAUAAUAAGAAAUUAAGCAAGCAGUUUAAGCACUUGGACUGCAUUGAUUUUCUGUACUUCGGUGAACUGAGCAAGGAUGAUGAAGAGAUGCUAUGUACAAAAGUGUCCAUCCUCAUGCACGCUUUAGGGAUUCCUGCUCUUUCAGAGGUUGUAACUCGUGAGGCAAUAUAUUACGGUAUGGAAGACUCUAGCUUUAAAGCUGCAUUGCUGGAUUGGGCUCUUCCAUAUGCACAGCGCUACUUACAUGGUGUACACCCAGAUAAAUAUUCUCAACUCAAGCAGUCUGAAUUUGAUAUCCUGAAUCGCCUGCAAGUAGUAGUUGUUGAAAAGCUGUUCUACCGGAAUGUUAUAAAGAGUACUGGAAAUGAAUCCAAGAAGCGAGUUAAAUGUAGUUCUCUUCUGACGGGUAGCAUUUUGUAUACAACACAAGAGUCAGAUUCUCACGCAUUAUUUAUGGAGCUUUCUCGUUUGUUUUUUAAUGGAAAUCCUGAACUACACUUGGCAAAUUUCCUUCAUAUGAUCACAACCAUGGCAGAGUCAGGUUCAACUGAGGAGCAGACAGAGUUUUUCAUCUUAAAUAGCCAAAACGUGCCAAAGCUUCCUGAUGGAGAAUCUGUUUGGUGCCUUUCUUCUGUGCAUUCAUUGAUAGAAAGUGAUAAAUCACUUGAAACAAGUUUCAAUUCACCAGAAGUAGAUGAGCAAAGCAGCUGGAAAUCCAAAAGUAAAGCACGGAACUGGCCUCCUGUUGAUUGGAAAAUUGCACCAGGGUUUGGGUAUGCGCGUGCCAAUGGUUUUAAGACACAGGCAGUUUCACAGCCUUGCACCGCCUUACAAAAUAAAGGGGGGGAUGAUUCUGAAGGCAUCAGCAGGCAAACAGAUGAUUUAACACCUAUUUCAGUUGACACUAAUUGGACCAUUGAAGGUUGUUUGGCAACAUCUGCGGCUUUUGUUUUGCCAGACUCCAAUCAUCUGCAAGAACAUUGUGGUGAGGCUGGCAAUGAGGCCGACUUUCCAAUGCAUAUGGAGUGUAAUCCUAUUAGUUUUGAUCUUGUGUCUGACCCAUCUGACUUUGGCUCAUCUAAUUUUAGCAAGAGAGAUCAGCUUAGAUUUGGUACGCCCAAUUCAACACAAGCAAAUUUAACUGGGAGGCUAGGUGAGCUUGUUGCUUUUAAAUACUUUGUUCAGAAAGCUGGCAAAUCAGUUGUGAAGUGGGUCAAUGAGCAUCACGAAACUGGGCUACCGUAUGACAUAGUUAUAGGGGACAAGGAAAACAGUAAAGAGUUCAUUGAAGUUAAAGCAACCAAGUCAGCAAGAAAAGACUGGUUCGAAAUAUCAAUGAGAGAGUUGCAAUUUGCAGUUGAGAAAGCUGAAGCUUUCAGCAUUGCGCAUGUCAUUCUAUUGGGUAAUAACGUUGCAAGAGUCUCAGUAUACAACAAUCUGGCAAAAUUGUGCCAGCUUCAUAAACUGCGGUUGGCUGUCUUGUUGCCUGAGCAGCAGAGGGAAUUUUCCAUCGUGUCCCAAUCGUAAAAAGCACUUCAUGGUGGUCUAAACCUGUUUGAAAUCGACUCGGCAAAAAUAUUAUAGCUAAAUGCAGCUAUGCAUUUUGGGAACUAUGCUCAACCAGAUUUUACACAUCAAACUGGUAGGCCAGUCCGGUUAAUUUGCAGACGAGUUCUGCUUUUCUGGAUGAAACUUAGUGUGCUGGAAUUGGACACGAUGGAGCUGAGAACGGCAUUCUAAGAAACUCCUCGUUCAAAUUUUAAUAUCUAUGUGGUGUAGUGACUGUCAGCCAGGAUUUGUCAUAUUUAAUCGAAGAAUGGGAGUCGCCUCUGUGGUUGUAUGUGCAGUGGAAAAAAAAUGUCUCAUGCAACAAUGUGGGAUCUGGGUCAACUUUUCAAUCAAAUGAAAUUGUAUAUUUACAAAACUUACCAUCUUUCUCUUGUGUAGAAAAGAUGACAGCUUCGACCAAAAAAAAAAAGAAGAAUAGAUAACAGCUAUUUUUUAGGUACCGUCAAAGAUGUACAGUUUAUUUACCAUAAUGAUAUAAGAAAGUUUAGAGCUUGGUGGUUGACCGCCCUGUUGUUAUUUUGACUGCCAGGCGCUGGUUCCUUCAACUGGCUAUCUCUUAA